AUGGCUGGUUCAGUGAUUUUGGCAGGACUUGGAAUGGCUGCAGUAGGUUUUGCUGGGCGAUAUCUACUUAAGCAAAUGCCAAAUGCUUCAAUGAAAUUUGCUGAAGCUGUAAAGAAUCUACCUAAAUUUGAUGCUGAAAGCUUAGCAAAUUCGAAAUACUACAAAGGAGGUUUUGAUCCCAAGAUGACAAAAAGAGAAGCUGCGCUUAUCUUAGGUGUUAGUCCAACAGCAAGCAAAUCUAAGAUACGAGAAGCUCAUAGACGUAUCAUGUUACUAAAUCACCCAGAUAAAGGAGGGUCACCAUUAAUAGCGGCUAAAAUAAAUGAAGCUAAAGACCUCUUAGAAAGCGGAAAAUCAUGA